AUGGCGGGCGGCGCGCGGCGCGGGGCGGAAGGGCGGAAGCGGCGCAGGGACAGGGGCGGUGCCGCGGACGGACUCAGUGCACGGGGGCGGGGCUGGCCGGCGCGGACCGGCGCGAGGCGGCAGCCGCGCUCCCCGAACCUCGGCGGCGCUGCGGCCGCGCCCGGACCGGGACCGUGGUCGGGACCGGCGGGUGCGGACGGUGAACGGGGCCGUCCGGCAGCGCCUGCCCCGCUCCGGCCCGGCCUCCAGAGCUCCGGGCCCGGCGGAGGAGCCCUGGCGCGCGCGGGAGCCCAGCUGCUCUGGAGUGCCUGGAGUGCCACGGUGGAGCGCAGAACCCACGGGCUCGCUGCAGGAUUUAGGUCACCCUUGCUGUGGAGCACACAGGACCUGGGGACUGAGCUUGCCCUAAAAGAAAUCAUGUCAUCAGGGGGAGCUGAAGAUGAUAUUCCUCAAGCAGAGAGAAAAACGGUGACAGACUUUUGCUACUUAUUGGAUAAAUCUAAGCAGCUCUUCAAUGGCUUAAGGGAUUUACCUCAGUAUGGGCAGAAGCAGUGGCAAUCCUAUUUUGGGCGAACAUUUGAUGUUUACACCAAACUCUGGAAGUUCCAGCAGCAGCACCGACAAGUGUUGGACAAUCGGUAUGGGUUGAAGAGGUGGCAAAUUGGGGAAAUUGCUUCCAAGAUUGGGCAGCUCUAUUACCAUUAUUACCUGCGCACCUCCGAAACCAGCUAUCUCAACGAGGCGUUCUCCUUCUACUCCGCCAUCAGGCAGAGGUCCUACUACUCCCAGGUCAACAAAGAAGACAGGCCUGAAUUAGUGGUUAAGAAGCUGCGUUACUAUGCAAGGUUUAUCGUGGUUUGUCUCCUGCUCAACAAGAUGGAUGUUGUAAAGGACCUUGUAAAGGAGCUGUCAGAUGAAAUUGAAGAUUACACGCAUCGCUUCAAUACUGAAGAUCAGGUGGAGUGGAACCUGGUUCUUCAGGAGGUGGCAGCAUUUAUUGAGGCAGACCCUGUCAUGGUUUUAAAUGAUGACAACACCAUUGUAAUCACCUCUAACAGGCUUUCUGAGACGGGAGCUCCGUUGCUGGAGCAGGGCAUGAUAGUGGGACAGCUUGCUCUUGCAGAUGCGCUCAUUAUUGGGAACUGCAACAACCAGGUCAAGUUCAGUGAAUUAACAAUCGACAUGUUCCGAAUGCUGCAAGCCCUGGAGAGGGAACCCAUGAACUUGGCAUCACAAAUGAACAAACCUGGAAUGCAGGAGUCGACAGAGAAACCAGCCAGGAGGGAAAACCCCCAUAAAUACCUACUUUAUAAACCAACUUUUAGCCAGCUAUAUACAUUUUUAGCAGCAUCAUUUAAGGAGCUGCCUGCCAACAGCGUGCUGCUGAUUUACCUGUCUGCCACGGGCGUGUUCCCAUCAGGUCGUUCGGAUAGUGAAGGUCCGUACGAUUUUGGGGGCGUGCUGACCAACAGUAACCGCGACAUCAUCAAUGGGGACGCCAUCCACAAGCGCAACCAGUCCUACAAGGAGAUGCACUGCCUUCACCCUGGAGAUCUCUACCCUUUCACCAGAAAGCCCCUGUUCAUCAUCGUGGAUUCUUCCAACAGCGUUGCCUACAAGAAUUUCACAAACUUAUUUGGACAGCCAUUGGUGUGCUUGCUUUCUCCAACAGCAUAUCCAAAAGCAUUGCAAGAUCAGUCUCAGCGGGGUAGCCUCUUCACACUCUUUCUGAACAAUCCGUUAAUGGCAUUCCUGUUUGUCUCUGGAUUAUCAAGCAUGCGCCGAGGCCUGUGGGAGAAGUGUCAGGAUUACCUCAGAAAAAUCAACCGGGACAUUGCCCAGCUGCUGACCCACUCCCGCUCCAUAGAUCAGUCCUUUCUUCAGUUUUUCGGGGAUGAAUUUCUUCGCUUGCUUCUCACAAGAUUUAUCUUCUGUUCGGCUACUAUGAGGAUGCACAAAAUCUUCCGGCAGGAGACUCGAAAUUAUCCUGAAUCUUAUCCUCAGCUGCCAAGAGAUGAAACGGUGGAGAACCCUCACCUCCAAAAGCACAUUUUGGAGCUGGCUUCCAUACUGGAUGUUAGGAAUGUUUUCCUGGAAAACACACUCGAUGACUAUUAAAAGAAACUGUCUUAGUGCAAAGGGGAUUCCCUGGCCACAGAUUUUGAAUGGUGCAGUUUUAUAAUGUGAAAAUCAUAAAAGGAAGUACUUGAUUUUAUUUUUAAAUUUAGGACCAUUAUUUUAAAAAGUAAUAAUAAACAGCUGUUAGUUGAGCUGUUCCAUUCUGUAUGGGGUCAAUUUUAUAAGCAGAAGUUUUCAUGUCUUUUAAAUGUUAAACUAAAGAAUCACUAGAGGUUUAUUUCUGGUCUUGUGGCUGUCAACCACAUUUCCAACAGCUGAUCCUAAGCAUAGAGGUAUUAUUGGUUACCUUUAGCCCAUAUUUGUGGAAAUCCUUUAUUUUUGUACAAUUUUAAGAAAUUGGAAAGAAAAAAAAUCAACAGAAAAAAACCAAUAUUUUAUCCCCAAAGAGUUUGGAUUUGAAAUGGUAAAGAUGGAACCACACAGUGCAAACCAACAAUAGCAAUAACACAGAUUCCUUCAUAACAAAUAUAUUUUUUCAGUCUUAGGCAAGUGAGGAGACAAAACUG